AUGUCCGCCUCGCCCUCCAGCCCGUCGAGCCCCCCCGAAGCGACCGAUUCGGUCGCCUCGCGUCGCGGCGAGUCGCGCAAGCAGCGCGAAAUCCGGGCACGCGAGAAGCAGAUCCUCGCGGUCGCCCGCGACCAGCUCAUCAAGGACGGCUACCUCGGUCUGAACAUGGACCGCAUCGCCGCCCAGAUCGAGUACUCCAAGGGCACGAUCUACCAGCACUUCCGCAACAAGGAAGAGAUCCUGCUGGCGCUGGCGAACGAGGCGCUCGACACCCGCGUGCGGAUGUUCCGCGAAGCGGCCGCGUACGACGGCCCGCAUCGGGUGAGGCUCGCAACGAUCGGCGCCGCGGCCGAGGCGUUCGUCGAGCAGUUCCCGCACUGGUUCCAGGUCGAGCAGAUCGUCCGCUUGGCUUCCAUCUGGGAGAAGACCUCGCCCGAACGGCGUGGGUUGAUGGAGACCUGCGAACGGAGCUGCAUGGAGACGGUUGUCGCCGUUGUUCAAGACGCGGUCGUCGCCGGAGACCUCGUGCUUCCCGAAGGCGUCCGGCCGGAAGAAAUCGUCUUUGGCAUGUGGUCGAUCUACCUCGGCACGCAAAUCAUCUCUAGCACGAGCGCCACGCUGGCGGAGAUCGGGAUCGAAAAUCCGAUCGCGUCGCUCCGCACGAACCAGAGUCACAUGCUCGACGGCUACGGCUGGAAGCCGUUGUUCGCUGAUUUCGACUACCCCGGUCACAUGGACCAAGUGAAGCGAGAGCUCUUUCGCCAUGCCGACACGUCCGAUUCAGCGAAGGCCCCGUUGCCGGUGAAGGUCGAAACGGCCACGCCGGUCGACUCGAUCCUCCGCGAACGGGUCUACACCGGCACGCUCGUCGCGCGGCGACGCAGCGCGUUGUCGUUUGAGCGCGCCGGCAAGCUCGUCGAUCUGAAGACGGACGAAGGCGAACGCGUUGAGCAAGGCCGGCUGCUCGCGUCGCUCGACACACGCCGCCUCGUGGCGCGUCGCGCUCAAGCCGAGGCGGACCUCGCUCAGGCGUCGUCCGUUCUCCGCGAGCUGAUCAAGGGCCCGCGUGACGAGACGAUCGCCGCCGCCGAAGCCGAGGUUCGCAACCUCGCGGCGCAACGCGACGUUUCGCGGCGGCGUCUCGACCGCCGGGCGCAGCUCGUCGAAAGCCGCGCCGUGAGCCAAGAAGAGUACGACGACGCGUUGUUCGAGUUCCGCGCCGCCGAGGCGCGGGUCGACGUCGAGCAAAAGCAACUCGACGAGCUGCUCGCCGGCACGCGGGUCGAGCAGGUCGAGGCGCAGCGCGCCCGGGUCGCGUCGCUCGAGGCGCGACUGGCCGACAUCAAGCACGAGAUCGAAGACGCCGAGCUGCGGGCGCCCUUCGCGGGGCGGAUCGCAGCCCGCCGCCUCGACGAGGGGGCCGUCGUCGCCGCCGGCGAAGCGGUGUUCGACCUGAUCGAAGACGACAAGCUCGAGGCCUGGGUCGGAGCGCCGCCCGCGUCGGCCGCGUUGGUCGAGCCCGGCAUGAAGCUCGGCGUGAAGAUCGCUGGCGUGGCGUACGACGCGACGGUCCGCUCGGUGCGGCCCGAACUCGACAACACAACGCGGACGCAGCUGGUCGUGCUCGACCUGCACGAGCCGCGCGGCCUCGUCGCCGGUCAGGUCGUUCGGAUCGGCGUCCGCGAGCCGGUAGCGAUGGAGGGCAUCUGGGUCCCGACCGCCGCGCUGACACCCGAUCGCCGCGGCCUCUGGUCCGCGCUGGUGGUCGACGACGCGGGCAAGGCCGCUCCGCGUCCGGUCGAGAUCAUCGAGAACGACGGCGACCGUUCGUUCGUCCGCGGCGCGCUGCAGCCGGGCGAGCGGGUGAUCGUUGGCGGUUCCUGCCCAAGCCCCACUCCCCGACCACCGCACGGUCCUACGAUGAACCGCUUGCUCUACGACAACCGCCGGCUGCUGGUGAUGGCGAUCUUGCUGAUCGUUGUGGCGGGGCUGUCGUCGUUCUUCAUCCUCCCGCGGAUGGAGGACCCGGUGCUGACGCAGCGCGUCGCGAUCAUCAACACGCUGCUGCCCGGCGCCACGCCCGAGCGGGUCGAGGCGCUCGUCGUCGACCCGAUCGAAGAAGAGCUGCAAGAGAUCCCCGAGAUCAAGGAGCUCCGCUCCACCAGCCGGUCGGGCGUCGCGACGAUCACCGCCGAGCUCCGCGAUGACGUGUAUGAGGCGGGCGAGGUCUGGUCGCGUGUGCGGGACAAGAUCGACGACGCCAAGCCGCUGUUGCCCGCCGGGGCGAGCGACCCGGAGUUCGACCUCCUGGAGGUCGUCGCGUACGCGCAGAUCGUCGCCCUCCGGUGGGACGCCCCCGGCGAGGCGAACUACGCGGUGCUGCGCCGCCUGGCCGAAGAGCUCGAGCAGCGACUCCGCGCGGUCUACGGCACGCGGGAGGUCGACACCUUCGGCGACCCGGCCGAAGAGAUCACCAUCGCGAUCGACGCCGGCCAAUUGGCGACCCUGGGCCUCACUGCCGCGGACGUCGCCGCGCAGCUCGACGCGAGCGACGCGAAGACCGCCGCCGGCUUGGUGCGUGGCCCCGACGGCUCGCUGCUGAUCGAGGUCGACUCGGAACUCGACACCGUCCGCCGCAUCGCCGCGACGCCGAUCCGCUUCGGCUCGGGCGAGGCGGGCCGCUUCGUCACGCUGGGAGCGGUGGCCGAGGUGCGCAAGGGCAUCGCCGAUCCGCCGCGGCGCUUGGCGCUCGUCGAGGGCCAGCCGGCGAUCGCCGUCGGCGUGUUGGUGCGGGGCGACCAACGGCUCGACCUGUGGGCCGCCCGCGCGCAGGAGGUCGUCGACGAGUUCGCCGAGGAGCUGCCUCCUGCGGUGCGGCUCGAGUCGGUGUUCGAGCAGAACCGCUACGUCGCGACGCGGCUCAACACGCUGCUGAUGAGCUUGCUGGUCGGCGCCUCGGCCGUGAUGGGCGUCAUCUGGUUCAUGAUGGGGUGGCGCAGCGCGUUGAUCGUUGGCUCGGCGUUGCCGCUGGCGUCGCUGAUGGUGCUCUCGGGCAUGAGGUGGCUCGAGAUCCCGGUCCACCAGAUGUCGGUCACCGGCCUGAUCAUCGCUUUGGGCCUGUUGAUCGACAACGCGAUCGUCAUCGUCGACGAGGUGGCCGAACGCCUCCACUCGGGCGAAGACCCCGGCGCGGCGGUCGCCAAGAGCGUCAAUCACCUGGCGGCGCCGCUCUUCGGUUCGACGCUGACCACCUGCCUGUCGUUCGCGCCGAUCGCGCUGAUGCCCGGGCCGGCGGGCGAGUUUGUGGGCGCGAUCGCGAUCAGCGUGAUGCUGGCGAUCGCCUCGUCGUUCUUCUUGGCGAUGACGAUCACGCCGGCCGUGGCGGCGAUCUUGAUGAGUCCUUCCGCGAAGCCGCAAUCGCCACGGGCUUGGUGGGUCAGCGGUUUCUCGUCGGCCAAGCUCACGGCUGGUUACCGCCGGGCGCUCGACUUCCUGUUCCGUCGUCCCGCGCUCGGCAUCCUGAUCGCCGCGACGCCGCCCUUGCUUGGCUUUGGGCUCGCGACGACGCUCACCGAGCAAUUCUUCCCGCCCGCCGAGCGCGACCAGUUCCAGAUCCAGAUGGACCUGCCGGCCGGCGCGUCGAUCGCGGCGACCGAGCGUGUCGCCCAGGCGGCCCGCGACCUGCUGCUCGACGACCCGCGUGUGAUCGCUGUCGACUGGUUCCUCGGCGAGAGCGCCCCGUCGUUCUACUACAACAUGAUGGCCAACCGCGCCGGCACGCCGCAGUACGCCCAAGCGAUCGUGCAGCUCGACUCCAAAGAGGACUACGCCGAGACGAUCCAGCGUGUCCAGAACACGCUCGACACCGCCCUGCCCGACGGGCGGUUCCUCGUGCGGCAGCUCGAACAAGGCCCACCGUUCGAGGCGCCGAUCGAAGUCCGCUUGUACGGCCCCGACCUCGAGGAGCUGCAGGCGCUCGGCGUCGUCGUGCGGCGUGUCCUUUCGGAGACGCCCAACGUCGUCCACACGCAGUCCGACCUGUCGGAGGUGCUGCCAAAGCUCGAGCUCGCGAUCGACGAGGCGAGCGCCCGGCUGGCCGGCCUCGACAACGGCCAGAUCGCCAGCCAGCUCGACGCGGUGCUCGAGGGCGCCGUCGGCGGCUCGGUGCUCGAGGCGACCGAGAACUUGCCGGUCCGCGUUCGCGUCGAGGGCGCGUCGCGGAGCGACCUGGCGGAGGUGGCGACGGUCGACCUGGUGGGUCGUUCGGCCGACGGCGCCGCGUCACGCACGCCACUCGCGGCGCUGGCGAGCGUGCGGCUCACGCCGGAGUGGUCCGCCAUCCCGCACUUCAACUCCGAGCGCAUGAAUGAGGUGAAGGCUUACGUCACCGCCGGCACGCUGCCGGCCGAGGCGGAGGCCGCCUUCCGCGAGCGGCUCGCCGCGUCGGAGUUUGAACUGCCGCCCGGCUACCGACUCGAGUACGGCGGCGAGGGGUCGAAACGCGACCAGGCGGUUGGCAAUCUGAUGUCGAGCGUCGCGGUGUUGAUGGUGCUGAUGGCGACGACGCUCGUUUUGUCGUUCGGCAGCUUCCGGAUGGGCGCCCUGAUCGGCGUCGUCGCGGCGCUGUCGAUCGGCCUAAGCGUCGGCGCGCUUUCGAUCGCCGGCUUCCCGUUCGGCUUCACGGCGAUCAUCGGCUCGAUGGGCCUGGUGGGCGUCGCGAUCAACGACACGAUCGUCGUGCUCGCCGCGUUGCGCGAAGACAAGCGCUCGCGCGAAGGCGACCCGCAAGCGGUCCGCGACGUGGUGGUCCGCUCCAGCCGUCACGUCGUCGCGACGACGCUCACGACGAUCGCCGGCUUCCUGCCACUGAUCCUCGGCGGCGGCGGCUUCUGGCCGCCGAUGGCGGUGACGAUCGCCGGCGGCGUCGGCGGCGCGACGCUGCUGGCGCUCGUGUUCGCCCCCAGCGCGUACAUCCUGCUGAUGUGCCGCGGCUGCAAGCAGCAGAAGGCGGACGAGCCGUCACGCGACGAGUCCUCCGAAGACACGGUGCUCGACCUCCCGGCGACCUCGCCGGAGACCGAGCCAGUGGUGGUGCUGCAAGGUCGCGUGCCGGCCGAAGCGCUUCGCGCGGCGAAAUGA